UACUCACAGGUACUCACCCGCCUUGCACCCACUGCCAAAUAACCCAGUUCCUCCCCCAGGUUUCCUUCUACCUUGACUACUACUUCCUCCGUUCGUUAACUCUGGGAAGAAUAUCACGAUCAGAGAAAUUAGUAGCCUCGCAACGUAUACCACCUGACUUCAAAUUCGAUCAUGGACCAGGAUGAACUUCGCGCAGACAGUCCUCUGAUGACCAUGUCCAACUCUUUCCUAGGAGAGUCUGGGAUACUCUCAUUAUCGAUCCCAGGCCCUAGCAGAGAUUCUACGUAUUAUAUCUCGGAUGGGAAUACGGUGCUCUUAGUAGAGAACACAUUGUUCAGAGUUCAUCGGUCGACCUUGACCAAGGAUAAAUCAGCUUUCGAGACUAUGUUCCAACUCUCGUCUGAGACUGAUUCUGCGAGGUCAGAUUCGAGUAUGACCGUUGCACAGGAAGGUGACAGCGAUGACAAUCCUAUUCGGUUGCAAGGAGACAGUGCGGAUGAGUUCCGUGCUUUGCUUUGGGCUCUCUACGCACUACCUCAUGAACUUAUGCGCGUCACUUCGCCUGAGGCGAACUGCACGCAACUUGUCAACCUCACUCGUAUCACCCACAAAUAUCAGUUCCGCUCAAUAGAGGCAUGGGCACUGGGUGCUCUAAAUGCACACUAUUCACAUCCUAGUGCUUUCGAUGCACUUCCGUCUUCAAAUCCUCCAGCACUCCCUCACCCACAUCAGCAGACAAUAGAGUCUCCUCCCUCGCUGGUCCAGAUCACUGAAUUGGCAGCCCUGUGUGAGAGAGCUGAUCUCCUUGCUUCCGCCGUAGCACGAUGGAAACGUCAAAUAGGCGAGGGCAAGGAUCUUGCAGUCGCUAUUGACAUCGGUGAACGAUACAACUUGCGAUCGAUGCUAGGACUCGCGUAUCAUGCCAUGAUGCUCCUUGGGAAGUCUCACUGGGACCAAGACCCUUUGCUUACAAGGGAGCAGAAAAUCAAACUUUUGAGCGGUGCUUACUCUUUGGGAAAGUUCUGCGAUGCCCUCCCUUCCCAAUCACCUCCAUUGCAACACAGUGCAAGAUGCACCAGUCAGCAGCGAUGCAAUAAAUCUUGGGCUGGCUUAUGGAAGGCCGUUCUUGAGACGUCUACGCAGUUGAUGCCGGGAAUGCAACGCGAGGAUGUCCUAGGAAGGUUGAUGCUGGCUGAGAGUAUGGUGAAGGCAUUGAUGGAGAAGGAGAUACCCUCUCAAGGGUUCUUGGACGGCAUGCCACAUUGUAGGGAGAGUGCUUUAUUUGCUACUACGUUGCGUGUUAGAGAGUUUAGGGAUUCCUUGGCGGACCAUUUUUCUGACGACUUCUAAUAAUCCUUGAGUUCGGAUUUUGCUUCAUACCAUGCUCUUAUUUAUUCCCGCUUCUGCUUUACGUCUGUAUACAUAGUCUCAUUCGCUGUAGCUUGCUCGCCUCGCACUCUUUGCUUUCGUCUCACAUGCACAUAUAUGGUUUCCUCUUCUCAAUCUGCACGUAUAUUAGGCAAGUAGCCAACAACAAAGCUGGAGCGUGAAAUG